AUGGCAGAAGUUGAGAUAGAUGACAACGUGGUGUUUGCAGUACUACUAUGUUCGUAUGUAAUUGCUAUGGAAGAAGAGGAAGAGCAGCAGAUAAACAAUGUACAACCUCAUCAAAAAAGAGUUAAAAGAGCUGCACACAGGCAAUUUUGGGUGCGACCUUGGCUAACAGAGGGGAGAAGACAACAGUUCGGCCACUUCUCUAAUCUUCUGGACAGUCACUUGAGGCUUGAGGAUCCAGCAGCAUUCCAAAAUUAUACACGGCUAACGCCAGAGCUUUUUGAUGAAGUCUUGCAGAGGAUAACCCCAGAGAUUGAGAGGGAAGUCACAAGUUUUAGGCAACCUCUCUCACCUGCAUUGAAACUGGCAGUGACCCUGAGGCACCUUGCCACUGGAGAUGGCUAUCGGUCACUUGCAUAUGCAUUUAGGUGUGUAGUGUCCAGUAUCUCAAAAAUGAUCCCAGAAGUGUGCCAGGCAAUUGUACAAGCAUACAAAGAAGAGGUGUUUAGCUUACCUGUGUCUCCUGAAGCCUGGAAAGCUUUAGCUGUUCAGUUUGAGCAGAGAUGGAACGUCCCCCAUGCAGUUGGCGCCCUAGAUGGUAAACACAUUGCUAUCAAGAAGCCACCUCAAACUGGCAGUAUGUACUUUAAUUACAAAGGUUUCUUUUCAAUUCCACUUCUUGCUCUGGUGGAUGCAUGUUACAAGUUUGUAUGGAUCGAGCUUGGUGGAAAAGGACACAUGUCAGAUACUCAGAUAUUUGGUGACUCAGAGUUGUUCAACGGCCUGGAAGAGAACGCCCUAGGACUACCCCCACCCUGUCCUCUGACUUCAAGCCCUGAUGACUUCCAGGACAUGCCUUUCUUUAUUCUAGGAGAUGAUGCCUUUGCUCUUCGAAACUACCUCAUGAAACCAUAUAGCAGAAGACAAAUGUCCAGAGAAGAGAGGAUUUACAAUUAUAGAAUUUCAAGGGGAAGGAGAGUGGUAGAAAAUGCAUUUGGGAUUCUAGCUAAUAGAUUCAUGUGUCUUCUAAGGACUUUAGAACAGAAGACCGAUACUGUGAAGGAUAUAGUGGAGGCAACAGUGAUUCUGCACAAUCUUCUCAGGCUGAGACAUCCAGGUAUCGUUAUUCAAGAAGUGGACCAUGAGGAUUUAAACCACGAUAUCAUCCCAGGGGCGUGGAGAGACCAGGUGGAUUGGCCAGAUGUGGACCAACCAAAUGCACCUCGCAAUACAGCUACAGGAGAUGGAAAAUAUCAUAGGGAACUCUUGAAGAAAUUUUUCAGCUCACCACAAGGUGCGGUCGAUGGCGGGGCUUCAUGA